UGAGCUUCUAACAGGAAGAUCAAACAAGGACAACAAAUCGAUCAGUAGAUAUAAAUAGAGAGUUACAUAUAGUCAUAUGAUAUUCAGUUCAAGUCACAGUGGUCAUUGGAUAUAGUUGCGAGUGGAAUUGGCACAAAGUUUGGUGAUAACGUCGAAUUACAGAGUGCAUUGUCAAAAAAAUCUGCAAGAAAAAUGCUGGCGAAAACCUUCUUGUUGCUUUGCGGAAUCCAUGCAGCAUUCUGUGCAGCCGAGUGGAGAACUGUCGGAUAUGGGUGCGUUGGUGCAAGGGAUACCAAAUUUUUAGCACUGAGGUACACCGGCCAAUCUGGUUUUGUGAGUGCAUUCAGGAUGACUCACACGAGUGGAAAACUUGGAUGCUAUCAAGCUGCACAGUCAAAUUGGGGAUGUAAUCAUCAGGGUCUAAACAUGUUCGUCACAGAUACAGAAAAUACGAUCAUGUAUCCUUCGCCUGUGUUAACCAAGCCUUAUAAAGCUGGCGGCUGGUAUCGUCUGCCUGGUUAUUAUCACAAUUCACCUCAGCUGGUUCUCUCAGAUGUGGGCACCAGGUUCAUUUAUCAAAACCAAGCUAUACGAAUCUGGUAUGGUGAAGAUCUUUACGAUUACACUGAGAGCGACAACCAUGGAAAAACUUGUUUUAAAGCUCACUUUUACUUUGUUAAUUAA